GUGGUGUUCAGGGGGUGCGUCUCCCUGACGACCGGGGCGCGCGUCCGGCUGGACGUCCCCCCCCCGGGAGUGUAGCUAGUUGUUGCCCGCGCUAGCGGCGGCCGGGUGGGUGUGUGGGUGGGGGGUAGCGCCCGGGGGAGGGGAAGGGGAUUUAGUCGUGGCCACCGCCGCCAUCGCCGAGAAUCCUGAGGUCUGUGCUCCUCCUGAAAAUGAGCGCGGGGUCAGCAGAAGAGCCUAAAGCCCCAGAAGUAUAUAAAAUAUGCUUCAUAUUUCCAAAUGGAGACAAAUAUGAGGGUGAUUGUACUAGAAUAUCUUCUGGAAUUUUUGAGAGAAAUGGAUCAGGGGUUCACACAACCCCCAAUGGAAUAACCUAUGUAGGGGCCUGGAAAAAUGACAAGAUGAAUGGAAUUGGAAGACUUGAACAUUUUUCAGGAGCAGUAUAUGAAGGAGAGUUCAAGGACAACAUGUAUCAUGGAAUGGGGACUUAUACAUUCCCAAAUGGAGCAAAAUAUACUGGAAGUUUUGUAGAAAACAGGGUGGAAGGUAAGGGAGAAUAUACUGACAUUCGUGGAUUGGAAUGGAGUGGUACCUUUCAUUACACAGCUGCACCGGGGCUGAAACUAAAACUACAGAUGUAGGUCUCCAAACUGAUGUAAUAACUUUCCAGUUGAUGUUAAUCAAAAGCAAUUAUGAUGAAGUUUCCAUUAAACAUUUCACAUACCACUUACUGUUCUGUAAGUUAUUCAAUAAAAUCACCCAUACAUUUC